AUGAAAGGAGAGGAUCACAAGCGAAUCCACAGCUGCCCUCAGUGCAGGAAAACCUUCAUACCAAGGCCUGUCCUGCAGAAGAACACCAUGCUAGCAGCUUUAGUGGAACGGCUGAAGAACGUGGAACUCCAAGCUGCUCCUGCUGAUCACUGCUAUGCUGGACAUGAAGACGUGGCCUGUGAUUUCUGCACUGGAAGAAAACUGAAAGCCACCAAGUCCUGUUUAAUCUGUUUGGCCUCUUACUGUGAGAAACACCUUCAGCCUCAUUAUGAUUCAGAGACAUUUAAGAAACACAAGCUGGUGGAGCCGUCCAAGAACCUCCAGGAGAAAAUCUGCUCUCAGCAUGAUGAGGUGAUGAAGUUGUUCUGCCGCACUGAUCAGAACAAUCAACACCAAAUCUGUCUCAUUUGUUUACUGGAUGAACAUAAAGACCAUGAAACAGUGUCAGUGGCAGCAGAAAGGACUGAGAGGCAGAGAGAGCUGGAGGAGAGACGAGGAAACAUCCAGCAGAGAAUCCAGGACAGAGAGAAAGAUGUGAAGCUGCUUCAACAGGAGGUGGAGGCCAUCAAUCACUCUGCUGAUAAAACAGUGGAGGACAGUGAGAAGAUCUUCACCCAGCUGAUCCGUCUCCUCCAGAAAAGAAGCUCUGAGGUGAAGCAGCAGAUCAGAUCCCAGCAGGAAACUGAAGUGAGUCGAGUCAAAGAUGUUCAGGAGAAGCUGGAGCAGGAGAUCACUGAGCUGAAGAGGAAAGACGCUGAGCUGGAGCAGCUCUCACACACAGAGGAUCACAACCAGUUUCUCCUCAACUACCCCUCACUG